AUGGACAACUAUGGCAGCGGGGAGCAAGCACUAUACUGCUGGAUGGCCUGGGAGCCCAGCCUGGGGGCCUUCUUUGGCCCCGUGGCCCUCAUCCUCCUGGUCACGUGUAUCUACUUCACCUGCACCUUCAUCCAGCUGCGGAAGCAUCCAGAGAAGAAGUACGAGCUGAAGACGCUGUGUGAGGAGCAGCAGCGUCUGGCUGCUAUCGAUGUACCCCCCCACUGCCACCAGGGGGCAGAGCCGGGGGCCCCGGCCCCUGGGAGCCACUGUCCUGCAGGCUGUCCGGGAAUCCCCAUCAACCCUGCGCUGUUGGCCAAUGAGCACUCGUUCAAGGCGCAGCUGCGCACCGCGGCCUUCACGCUCUUCUUGUUCCUUGCCACCUGGACGUUCGGGGCGCUGGCCGUGUCGCAGGGACACUUCCUGGACAUGAUCUUCAGCUGUUUGUACGGCGCCUUCUCCGUGACACUCGGCCUCUUCGUCCUCAUCCAUCACUGCGCCAAGCGCGACGACGUGUGGCACUGCUGGUGCUCUUGCUGCCCCAGUCGCCGCAGUAACCCUUGCCCCGCCCCCCAAGGUCCCGUGGCUCCGGCUCGGCCCAAAGUGAACGUGAACGGAGACACGACGGGACACGCAACCUGUCACCACUGUCACCAUGACAACACUGCGUGUAAGGCGGUGCUGAGCUGCCGCUGUAAACACCAGAACCAUGUGACGUGUGUGGCUCCCGCGACGCCCUGCUGCGGUGCGCUGCACACGCAGCAGCUGCUGGACGAGGAGCCGGGGGCUACACACGUCCUGCUGCACUCGGACCCUGAGGGCCUUCAGCUGCACCCCUGUCUAAAGAGCAGCAGGACUAAAAUCCGCAGCCUGGGCCGCCGCAGCGCCGCUGCCCCCUGUGGCGCAGAGCGGGAGUACGCCUUCCACAUCAGUGGAGACGCGGGCAGCGUGCACAGCUCCCACACUGACAGCCCUCACAGCACACAAGAGCGCCACCACGUCUGCCCACACCUGCAGGAGCGCCACAGCUGCCACACGGCCUGCCACAACCCCUGCCACAACCCCUGCCACCGGCACAUGUGCUGCGCCAAAGCAGAGCUGUUCCCCUCGCUGUGCCCCGCCGAGCCCGACACAGGCGUUUUCCUGUGCGGCUGCGGCAAAGUGGCCGAUGAGGAGGCCGCUCAUCACCACCUGGAGAUGCACGCGCCGCGCAGACAAUCUUUUCCCCAGAUCCCGCCCAAUCAGAACGGAAUACUCAAGGGUGGGCUCCAUGAAGGACUGCUGUACUCGUCCGACAGUACGGGGAAUAUACGCACUGGACCCUGGAAGAACGAAACUACUGUGUAG